CUUGAUCAAGGUUAACGAAAAUACAGUCAUUUACGAAAAUUUUGCUUUUAAUAUGAAACUCGUAAUUUUGUUACUGUGCCUGAUUGGUGUGGCUACAAGUAAUUUAAGUCCAAUUAAAAAUAACCAAUUUAUCGAAGUUGACUCAAUUGAAACAGAAAUGAUUAAAAAAAUUGAUGAGCUAUGUAAAACACAUAAUAUACAUGUUUUUGGAGACAUUGUGACAAUUGAAACGUCAGAUAGUGACAAAAUAAUUAAUUAAAAAAAAACAGUUGAUGAAAAUGAAAGUAGCUUCGAUGAAGAUUUAUUUAUUGCAAAAGUUGAUGAUUUCUUUAAAACUAGAAAAAUUCGAAUAAAAUUGCCGAACGAUGGCUCAGUAGCUGAUUCAUUCGGAAGGGCACUAGAAGAACAAAAAAUGGACAUUGAACUUAGAAAUUUGACUGAGGGUUCAUUUGAAGCCAGGACAAAAAUAAAAAAAAUCUUUCUUCCACUACUGUUGGCUCUUAAAUUGAAGACUUCAAUCAUCUUUCCUAUUAUUAUAACUAUUAUAGCUAUUGUGGGAUUAAAAGGGCUAACAGCUGGAAUGUUAUCAUUACUAUUAUCAGGAUCGAUUGCCCUUAAAUCAUUGUUGACAUCACCACGUCCACAGUAUCCAGCACGAGUGAGCUAUGGAAUUUUAAAGCCAGAAGUCCAUCAUGAUCACUGGCAUCGAAUACAAGAAGAAAUUAAUCAACCUUUCAGAAAUUUGCCACCAGAAUACAAUACUGAUCCUUAUUUCUAUCCAGAUCUAUAAAGUAAAAAAAAGUUAUGUUUCAAAUGAA